UUUUCCAUGGGAUAUAUAGGCCAGGCAAAGAAGAGAAGAAAAAUCAGUCGAUAGCCAAGCCGGGGGAAAGAAAGAGUUCCUGCCAAGCUGUGCCAGAAUGAACAAAGAAAACCUUGACAUCAGUAUGAAAAUCUUUCAAGGCUUCUGUAGCUGCUCCAGAUAUAGGAAAAAGAAAAAAUGUGGAUGACCAACAUCGUAGCUUUGUGCCUGCUGGCUCUCGUGGCCUCGGCAGAAGACAAGAAAUUGAGCAGCCACGCUACCACUAUGGCUGACCAGAGCGCCAAACUGGCCUUCAGCCUCUACCAUUCGGUGGCCAAAGAGAAGGGCCUUGAGAACAUCCUCAUCUCUCCUGUGGUGGUGGCCUCUUCCCUUGGCAUGGUGGCCCUUGGUGGCAAGGCCUCCACAGUCUCCCAGGCCAAGUCUGUCCUCAGUGCUGAUGCCCUGAAGGACGAACACCUGCACACAGGCCUGUCAGAACUCAUGUCGGAGGUCAGCGACCCCAAAAACCGCAACGUCACCUGGAAGAUCAGCAACCGCCUCUACGGUCCUAGCUCGGUCAACUUUGAUGACAACUUUGUGAAGAGUAGCAAGAAGCACUACAACUACGACCACUCUAAAAUCAACCUCAGAGACAAGAGGAGCAUAUUGAACUCCAUCAACGAAUGGGCUGCGAAAUCCACAGAUGGAAAACUCCCGGAGAUCACGAAGGAUGUGCCGAACGCUGACGGAGCCACAAUCGCCAACGCUAUGUUCUUCAAGCCUCACUGGGAUGAGAAGUUUCAUGAAAAAAUGGUGGACAACCGUGGCUUUCUGGUGACACGCUCAUUUACAAUCUCUGUUCCCAUGAUGCAUCGCACUGGUCUUUAUAAGUUCUUUGAUGACACAGAGAACAGGUUGUUUGUCCUGGACAUGCCCCUUGGCCAGAAGCAGUCCAGCCUGGUUUACAUCAUGCCCUACCACCUGGAGCCCCUUGAAAGGCUGGAGAAGUUGCUAACCCGCAAGCAGCUGGACACCUGGAUGGGCAAGUUGGAGGAGAGGGCUGUAGCCAUCUCUCUGCCCAAAAUCAACGUUGAAGUCAGCCACAACCUCCAGAAAACUCUCGGUGAACUCGGCCUCACCGAUGCUGUAGACAAAACCAAGGCCGAUCUGUCCAACAUCUCCGGCAAGAAGGACCUAUACCUAUCCAACGUGUUCCACGCCUCUGCGAUGGAGUGGGACAUCGACGGGAAUCCAUACGACACCAGCAUCUUUGGAACUGAGAAGCUUAGAAACCCCAAGUUGUUCUACGCUGACCAUCCGUUCAUCUUCCUGGUGAAAGACAACAAGACCAACUCCAUCCUCUUUAUCGGCAGAAUAGUGCGACCCAAAGGAGACAAGAUGCGUGACGAGCUAUAAUAGUUAGAUUUACCAGGUAGUUUGUGAGUUACUGUUACUGAUUGAAUGAUGCAAGGAAAUAGUAUGUGUAUUUGUAUUAUGGUAUGAUUGUUACCUCGAGAACACAUUCCAAUAGGUAAUCUGUGUGGACUGAAUAUCUGGGCCUACUGACAUAUCACAGACACUAUAAGCACUCCAGAAACAGGUUUGUAUAAGUUUAAAUGAAUGCUGUAUGGACGUUGUGCCAUAAUCAAUAAUAUUGAUACAUUUGCAUAUUUUAACACAUUUCAGGAGGAGCCAUACAACAUUAGAGCCUUUUUGGGCCCCUGAACAUUGAAUGGCAUACAACCUAACAGCAUGCUUAUAUUAAGUAUGAUCUAUCUGAUUUGUGCCUUCCAGAAAAUCAUACAUUUUCCACCCUUCUUGUAACCUGUUUGGCGUGUCAUAUAUUGAGUUUGUGAUACAUGUGGUUACUUGCGUUAUCUUUAAUGUUUAAAGAGAAAUAAUAUUGCACAAGUGUACUACAAUCUGAUUUAAUUUCAUGCUGUAUUUCACCUUUCACCCUGAAUUUCUAAUGCUUUCAUUUGUUUUAGCUGCACUGAAACUAUUCUGCUACACUGUUGCUCUAGACCAUUGCAUUUUUUAUGACAUUUUCCAACCAAACUGUGUGACAUUAGGCCUCUGUUUUUGCAUUUACCACAAAACCUUGGAAUGUAGCCAUAAUGCAAUAUAAAUUUUUACAACUCUUUUUCAAUAAAAAACAAACAAAUUA